UUGUCUAAAAAAAUUGAUGCUCCUGAUCCUCCUGAUCCUCACACUAUUGUAAACACAGCACCGUGGAUCUUUACCGUUGCAGCUUCUAACAUUGAUAGGGAUUUCCAAUCUAAUAUCGUUCUUGGAAAUGGGAGAACAUUCACAGGUUCAGCCAUCAAUUUCUCCAAUCUCACUCGUUCGAAGACAUAUCCUCUUGUAUUUGGAAAAGAUGCUACUGGCAUUUACACGCCUGUUUCGGAAGCAAGGAUCAUUGGAUCAAAAGAAAGUGGUUGGCAAAAUAGUUGUUUGUGUUGAUGAUGACCCGGCUGUUUCACGGAGAAUCAAGAAAUUAGUUGUUGCUGAUACUAAAGCCAAAGGGUUGAUUUUGAUUGACGAAGCUGAGAAAGGUUUACCUUUCGAUUCGGGCAUUUUCCCAUUUACAGAAGUUGGCAAUACUGCAGGGUUUCAGAUUCUCGAGUACAUAAAUUCUACCAACAACCGUUUACAACAACAUGAAAAAGCCUUUGACAAACAGCUCUAACCACUUUGCAAAUCCACACGAGGUGGGGCUCGGAGAAAUAAACCCACUUAAUGCUCUUAACCCAGGACUAGUCUUCGAAACCACAACAGAAAACUAUCUUGAAUUCCUUUGCUCUGAUACCACAUGUAAGAUAUAUGCAUACAUACCAUGUAAUAGAUCAUGAAGAUGCCAUUGAACCACAACCAUCAAGAACAGAUUGUAUAUGCAGAGAUGAGAUAAAACACAUACCUGCAGCGCCAGCUGAAGAUGAUGAAGCCAUUGAAACUCCUUGAAAUAGUUAACCUUCUCCUCUUUAGCAAUAUGCUAGUGCUCUCAAAGAAUAGGGCUUUGAAUCAAAUUGAGCCGUACAUUGCAAGAGCAGUGGUUAGCGUUUAUAUACCGAGCCAUUCCUCACUGAUCCCCCAUUAGAAUCAGUGUAGGAUUCAACUAUCCAAUUCAUACCAAAACAUAUGAACAAUCCCAGUACUACUUUAAGUGCUAUACCAGAACUCCCAAUCCCAUAAGGAUUAGGACAACUAAAGCUUAUUAACAAGACUUUUCCAUAUCCAAUUCUCACUAUAACCGGACCUAAUGUUAUGUUCAUACUUAUAUACUAACAGGCAGUACACUGGGAUUAAGGUUUGAGGAAGAAGAGACGGGCCUAAACCUGCUCUGGUACCAAGAUAAAAUUGUAGUUUAAAGUUCUAAUAAUUUUCUGUAUUAUUAUUUUUCUCCCAUUGGGACGUAUAUAUACAACUCCAACCCUUGUGAUACAAGGAAUAUUAAACGAUUUACAAUCAAAGUAGGAAA